AUGGAUUUAGAUUCACAAAAACGACCUACCGCUAAGGAUAUAUGUUUAGAGCUUACUCAAUGGCAAAAUGUUUUGAGAGAUUUUUCAAUCUCAGGAUAUGAUGAAAAUAAAGUACUUUAUAUUAAAGAAAAUUUUUUGAUAGCUGAUAAGAUAGCUAAAGAAUUACAAAUCCCUCCUCCAAAGCAUCUAGAUUCAAUAUACACUAGCACAAUUAUAAAUACAAAACAUAUAAUUAAUGCUAUAG